CUCUCCCACAACCAUCGGCAUCGGCCAGCAAGCAAAAGUCAAACGCAGUGCUGAGGAAACCCGAAAGCAAAGAAGUGGUGAAAACUUCAUCGCAUCGCAAAGUCGUCGUCUUUCGUCGUGUGUGCGCUUUUGUAAUAACCGACAUCCUCUUUUUCUGGUUUGGAAAUAGUGAGAAGAAUCCUUGGUUUAUCCCUCGAAACGGUUCCCGGUUCUAGAUAACGGUACGCUAGAGAGUGAAGGAUUGUGCAAAAGGCCUCCGGCAUUGGGAGCGCUUCCGGUAUAAAGGCAAGGGUCUCGUCGUUUCGUGGCACGGAAAUCGCGACGAAUCCCGGGGAAAAAUUGUGUGCUGUCUAAAAUGGACGCACCACAACGUCGUAGUUAGAGGGAGCAGUGCGGGUUGCUUCGUCGUGUCGGAGUGUGACAGCUCUCCGUAGGUGUAGUGCCAGUGCUAGAGUGAAACGGUAAAACAGUCGUCUGGUGGAGACGAGACAGUGCCAGUGGGAACGUCUUGUGUGUGGCAGCAGCAGAAGUGUCAAACACGGAGUAGCCGCAUCAGUCAACUUGCACGGAUGUUGUUGUUUUUGUUGUUGUUGCCAUUAUUGUGUGAGUGUGGUUCAACAUGUGCGAGAAAAAGAAGCCAACAGUGUAAUAAUACCGGGUCUGGAACGCGCGAGUGAACGAAAAGGCAACAGAAACCCAUCCGUCGUCGUUCGAUUCGAGUUGGCAGGCAGUAGUAGUAAUACCAACAACAAGAAGGAAGCAGAAGAACAACAAGAAGGGGAAGAAACGUGAGAAGAAGAAGAUAAGCGAGGUGGAUAGAAGAUUGCAAAGUGAAGAAAGAAGCAAAAAUCUAGUGAAAUAAAAAAAAGAGUAAAGUAAAAGUGUCCAGAGAAGAAGGGAAGAAACGAAAGAGGCAAUGGCUAUAAAUUUCGAUAGAUAAGGAAUCUCUCUAUUUUGUGUGAUUUUUGAUCAACGAAUUCUUUCCUUCUGCGUUGUUGGUGCACGGCCUAGUUUGGUCAUUUUGAAAGGAUAAUAUCGGUAGAAGAUCGCAGGGGAAGAAAGAAGAAAUCCGAUUGAAGGCGUUAGUUUUCUACGGGGAAAUCAAAAGGAGACAACCUCGUCUAGCAGCUAGUGUGAGCAGAAGGUUAAAUCUGCCAGGAUUAGGCUCCAGAAAGUGAAAACGAGAUUAUUAUGGAAAAGGCGAAAGCCUACAUCAAAAACGAAUUACGUGGGGGCUCCUUGACAUCGCAUUCGGAGCCCCCGGCAACCAGUCAGCAACAGCAUCAUCCAGCACAAUCCCUGCACCACCAACCGUCGCCAACACCUCAACAGCAAGCUGCCAAUUACGAUGAUCCCUCCACAAUCUGCUACGUAUGCGGUGCCCGUGGUGCCCAGGAUCAGUUCUACCUCCGGGUGCGGUCAAAUCCGGAGCGCCCAAAUGAGCCAUACUUUCCCCUGCUCGAAACGCACACCCCUCCGAAUGGCGUUCCCCAGUGGACACCCGCCCAGCUAGGGGUGCGUGCGUGCAAUCUCUGCUUCACAGCCCUGGUCAAACAAUGGGAAUACCACGAACGGGAGGGUAAACCCAUCACAGAGAGAUUGUACUGGCUCAAAAGGAACGAUGGAAAAAGUUUCAUUGGUGCCGAAAUGUCCACCCAGGGCGAAUAUGCCACUCAGGUGCUCGGUCUAAAUCCGGAACACGUGCCUACCAGUGGCCGAUCGCUAACGCCUCAGUCGCAACAUAUGAGUUCUUAUGGUAGAAUCGAAAGUCCCAAUAGUUUAGCAAGGCCUCGGUCACAGGACCAUCCCGGAGCGGUUGGUCCUCUGCCUCAACAUUACCAAGUAGCUAGAAAUGAAAGUCCAAUCCGGUCUAGCUCGCGGAACGAAUCACCGCAGGGCAAAACCGAACCAUACCAUCCAACCAAGCGGUACAUCGAAAAUCACAUAAACAAUAGCGGAAGCUGUAGUCAACAGGGUUCGAGGCCUUCCAGUCGAAACGAAAAAAGUGUCACACCGAGGCCUAUGUCGAGAGAAAACCCCUCACCGGUGGCGGUAGUUCCCAGCACAACGACAUCCGCCAUUACUCAGCCGGCAACGGCGUCACCAGUGCUGGCUGGUCGGUUCGAUGGCAUGAAAAUGUCCUCGUUCGCCCACCACAAACUGAAAAUUGGUAAUUACGCCAACUCACUGGCAGCAUCGGUACCGGUCUCCUCGGUUGCCACACCGUCUGCCAACAACGCGAACGAUAACAAAUCAACUUCGUCCACAUCGUCAUCGACGCAUCGGUUGGAGGAGGAAAGUGCACUGGAUUUGCGGAACCUCCCGAUGCCCGGCGCGACCGAUAUUCUGGACCUGUCGAUGCCGGACAAAAACUCGGUGACGGAAGUGUGCUACGUGUGCGGGGAUGAACAGAGGCGGGGCAGCUUGGUGGAAAUUUCCACCGUCAAGCCAAAGGAUGGCAAGGACCAGGAGAAACCGUACUUUCCGAUUUUCGACGAGACGCAUGCUAGACCCGCCCGUUCGCGACCGAAAGAUCCAAAGGGUAUGGUGCAAGCGUGCAAAACUUGCCACAACUAUCUGAUCAACCAGUGGCAUGCGUUUAAUAAACAGUGCGUACCGGAGGCCCAGCGGAAGUACCAGAUCCGGAAGCGGCAACCCACCCAGGAACGGGCGGCCACAUUCGUCUGCUACACGUGCGGCGCCGAUACGCUCUCCUCGCAGCUGAGGCUGGUCUACUGCUGUCCCAAUGCCGAACGGGAACCAUACUUCCCUUUCAUAAAAACGAUGAAAGCACCGACCAAUGCUAGUCCGAUAAGUCCUCAGGGUAUGGUGCAAAUCUGUUCAACGUGCAAUAAGAAGAACGAACAUCGGUCCGAAGGUGGCACCGUAAGCAAUGUCGAGGAAAGGUAUCCGUCUCCGUCAAAAAUGACGUCUAGUGUGAUAAACGAGGUUGUACGAUUUAAGCCUUAUGAAUCUCCUUCCGCUCUGCCUGGACCGCUACGGGAUCAGAAAGACUUCCGGAGGGAUUCAAGACCAAAUACACCGCCUCACUCUCAAGGACCUGUUGAAAACGGUCAUGUUUUUUCGUGUUACAUUUGUAAGAAUAACUUUCCCCCGCAAUCGAUGGAGUGGCUGUCAACGAGUGCCGAACAUAUGAAUUCGCAUGCAAUGCAUUUUCCCUGCCUCAAAGGCAACAACGAUCAGGGUCCGGGUCGGGUGCUGGCGUGUAAGGCCUGCGUACAAAACCUCACCGUCCAGUGGGAGACGAUGGAUGCCGAACGGGUGCCGCUCGAGCACCGCAAGUACAUCAUUCCUUCGCCGACACCAAACUCGAUAUCGCCCGGCGGCGGUGGCGUCGUCGUCGGGCAGUAUCGACCACCGAUAGCCCUGGCCACGCCGCCCACCACGCCGGCGGGCUCAAACGCACCCAGUACCUCGGUGUACUGCUUCGUCUGUGGCCUACAUUCAGAGUUAAACUUUGCUAGGUUAAUAUAUGCCAAUAAAGAGGGUUCUAGACCUUAUUUUCCUUUUCUGUUAAAACACAAGUCACCUCCCAAUGCGGAACAGUUACGAAGUGAUAGUUCUGCGUUGGUUUGUACAUUUUGUUAUCACUCGCUGUUGAAUCAAUGGCGGAAAUAUGAAGCUCAAAAUACGGUUCCUCCGGGCAACCGGGAGUACAACUUCCACGACUACUGCUGCCACCUGUGCGGGAUCACAACCUAUCGGAAGCGAGUGCGUGCGUUGCCCAUCCGGGAAUACCCCUUCGUGGCGAAUCGAAAAAGCGACGGACUGCUGCUGGAGAACGGCGACUACGCAGUGGUCUGUCUCGAUUGCUACGAAGGCCUGAGGCAACAAUCAGCCGAAUACGAUCGGUGGGGUGUGGCGAUCGAGAAGCGGGAGUACAACUGGGUGGCACAACCACCACCACCGGAGGACAGUCCGGAUGUGUCUGUCGCCCGCCUACCGAGCGGGGAACGGACUGAUAAAGUCAAUAAAAAUUCUCAAGUAGGUCUACGUCCAAUACCAAAUAAGAAGAACUGUUCUCCAAAGCAAGUUAGUAACGAUAAGCAGCGAGAUGCAAUUCCAACCAAGCUGGCGCAGAAACGUCCAGCCACUAGCCCAGCGCCGCCAGUUCCUUCCCCCCAGCUGCCGAUGCAUCAUCCGUCUUCCGUGUCGCCGCACUCCAACCACAUUGUGGGCUCGAAUCAUUUGCCGCCAUCGGCCGGAUCGGUGCCACCCGGAGCGCACGGGACCCCGGUAGGCGUGGUGCAGCCAUCGCCCAAUCCAUCGGUCCAGAAUGCCGGUUCCGGCGGUGGAGCCAACAGCGGCAACAGUCGAGGUUCCUUCGCGGCAGCGCUGCGUAAUCUGGCCAAACAGGCCGAUGUCAAGGAUGACGAACCGGGCGGUGGCGGGGGCGGAGGACAAGGCGGUGGAGGUGGAGGACCGGACCGAGGAGCUGGCGAUGGGCGAGGAAAUCCCGCGUCACAAAUGGACGUACGACGCCAGGUGGUGGACGGACGGGAUCUGAACGAUUCGCGGGGAGGCUCUAUGCAGGAUAGCCGGGUGAGGAGCGCUGACGCUGCCCGGGGCGGUGAUCCGAAGAAGCGCUCCUCGCCGCAGCCGCCAGAAAAGAUACAACGGCUAAAUCCGCCCAGUGCGAGUGCAAUGCCCGCGGAACUGUUAGCGCGCAGCGGAUUCCAGCCCUACAGGCCAGACGAGCGGUUGACCCACCCGGCCGGUGCCUUCCCGAUGGACGCGUACGCCGGUUUCGGCUCCAUUCCCGGCUUGCCACCAGGCAACAUGUUACACCCUGCAGCCCUGGCGUAUCACGACCCGUCCAUCUACAUGGAUCCUCGCUUCACGAUGCUCAGGGCGGCCAAUCACCAUUCGGCUGCAGCGGUAGCAGCGGCUGCGGCUGCACAUCCCCUAUACUCGUCGCUCCCGUAUGGGCCCAAUCUGUACGCCGGAAUGAUUCCCGGUAUGGGCAUCGGAGCGCAGAGCAUCCACGAACAGAUGAAGUUGGAAGAAGAACGCCGUCGGAUGCGGGAGGAAGAACGAGCCAGAGAGGCACGUGAAGCCAUGGAGAGGGAAAAGGAGCUGAGGGAGCAAAGGGAACGGGAACAAAGAGAAAAGGAGCAACGAGAGAAGGAAGAACGCGAAAGGCGUGAAAAAGAGCAACGGGAGAAAGAACAACGUGAACGAGAAAUGCGGGAAAAGGAGGAAAGGGAAAGGAGAGAUCGCGAAAGAGAGCGGGAACGAGAACGUGAACGUAUGUUGGCUGCUUCCCAUCUACAAAUGCACCACGCAUCGCUAUCAAGGCCAUUUUUCCCGAUGGGCCUUCCAGCUGGAUUAGGACUUCCUAUAAGAGGCCCAGGUCUCCCAUCUCCGCACCACCCACUACAUCCUUCGCUGAGUCUAGGAAUGGGACUAGGUCUACCACAAGUGCCACAACAGCCGCCAACGUCUUCGUUGAAUUUGUCGCAUCCACCACCGACCAGUCUAGGAGGUCAUCCGUCUAUUCCAACUAGCUUGGCGGCCUACAGCCACAGCUUACCACCAUCGUCGAUGAGUUCCAACUACCACAUGAGUAGUUUGAACCUUUCCGGUCUGCCAGGAGCUCAAAACCUGAGUCUUGGACAUAUUCCGCCACCGGCGCAUGGAUCGCUCAAUCUAUCAGCUGGUUCACCGGGACUAUCCUCUCCCUCUCCACAAAUGAACUCGGCUCCAUUGUCCUUGUCCACCAAAUCCCAUCCUUCCAUUAUCAGUACUGCAUCCCUUCCACCCCAUCAUUCUCAUUCCCAUCCCUACUACUCAUCGGCAUCGCUUCCGAACCACAAUUCCGGCAGUCCACUUGCGUUGAGCAGCAAAGUAAGCAGCAAUCUGUUCUCAUCGGCCAACAAUGCCCGAACUGCAACGCCACCAACAGCAACGACCACGUCGGCCAACAGCAGUUCCGUUCCUCCUACUUCAGUUCCUUCCGUUGCCGCCGGUGGCCCACCAAUGUCAUCUGUAAAUAGUACAAACAUCGCUAGUAUUAACAACAACCAUCAUCCCCAUCAUCCUCACCGGCAGCAGGAUUCGCCACAACAAUCUGCUUCGGCGCAACCACCGGCACUGGCCAAAUCCAGUGUUCCUGUAUCAGCUGCACCUUCAUCCCAACACCAACCGCUAGAUAGUUCCAAUCUUAUCAAAGGCAAUGUACCCCCCCAAACCGAUCUGGCCGGACCUGCGGCAGCGGUGACAGCGGUAACAGAGGAACGGACGUCGCCGGCGACGGCAGCAACGGGGAAACCCGAGCAGGACAGCAAUGGAGCCGUUGCCUCGGAUGAACCCCCUGCAGAUACAAUCAAAGAAGACAAACGAAGUGAAUCCACGCCAGUUGGAGGACCCACACCGACACCGGAGACCGAGGGAACCGGAGAUAAGAAGUCUCCCCUGAAUGGCGGAGGCACUGGUGGAAGUCCAACAACUGCAGCUCCAGCAUCCGUUGGAACGCCCCCGGCAGUGGCUGCUUCUUCAGAUAACCCUUCGCCCAUCAAUGCCGAACAUUUGAACGGUACCAGCAGCAAUGGAACUGCAUCGAACUAUUCCAACUAAAAUGGAGCAUACCGGAAGCCACAUCAGCACUACUCAAUGGAGCACUUCCAUCAGAAGAUAGCGAAAGCCCUGUAAUCCACACAGUGUAGCCAGUAAGCAACUUGACAGAAUUUAUUAAAGUAUAAAUCAUAAAUCUACGUGGUAAUGGUUUUGAUGAGCCCGCUCAGUCAGACUUAAAAGCAGCAGCAACUAAGUGUUACUUUCUUACUAGAACAAAGGUCAAAAUGAACUAAAUCAAGUAAAAAACACACGUUCAGAAUAGUAGAGCGAAGUAAAAAAACAAUUGUGAUAAAAGUAAAUUAAUUUCAGACGAGCUCUAGUUUGAAUUUGAAGAGCUCAGUUUUUCGUUUUCGUCGAUAAGGUGAACAUUUUUGGAUAGAUCUGGUGAUGAUGAUUCUCUUAACAGUUUAUACAUAUAUAAAUAAAGUGGAAGCGUGUAAUGAGUCCUUUAUUCCUUUUCCUAGCUACCCGAUAUUGUAAUGAUAAAUCGAACAACCUAAAUCACGCGAAGCAACUGCUAGCAAAAGAACAUAAUUAAAUCAACGGUCAAACAUUAUAGCAUGAUAAUGUCGGACGUAUAAGGUUCGGAAGUGCACAAUCUUCUCCACACCUUCAUUUAUAGGUAAAUUAAAAGUUGUUACAAUCAACACGAGGAGGUGGAAGACGAGCAAAUCAUACAAUUUACCUAAAUAAAAUAAAUAAAGUUACAGGAAAGCUGAAGCAUCUAGUAAAGGAGGAAAUUAAACGGCAACAAACGCAGAAAUAAAACAAAUUUCGGCGUUAAUUUGUGCACCACACUAUGAGAACUUUCACAAGGAGGGCAUAUUUUGAGAAUAAGACAGAGAAAUCCAAAAUGGAAAGAGAGGCAUCAAAGAUUUUUUUUUAUUUUGUACAAUUCGUUUGUUAAUUUCGGCGAAAUUACAAAUAAAGCUAAGAACUUCAAUGUAAGAA